UUGUUAAUGUUAAGCUAAGCUAAUGAAGUCCAUCUGUGUUCAGUUUGUUUAGUUAUGCUCGUAGCUUCAAUAGAAUUACAGUGAAAAAAAUACAAAAAUAGUGUUUGCCAUGAACCUCUCAGUGCUGUUCUCCAGUGUAGCGCUCAUUCUAAUCCUGGCAGUUGCUGAGGGUACCAAGAAGUGUUCCAGUCCGAGAGACGUUUGUGUACCGGUGCAGUACUGUCCUCAUUUGCGCGAUGCGAAUCGAUUGACCAAGGGACGGCACAGCGGAUGUAAGGAGCCACGGGUAUGUUGUGAUGCCACGAGGAUGGCGGGACUUGAUCGCACUUGUGUAAACUCGGUUAAUCAGCGGGGAAAAUGUGUUGCCGCAGAACACUGCAAACCGUACGAAAAGUAUCUCAAACGAGGACGCAAGAAUCGGAUCACAGAGCAGACUAUGGAAGAUAGCGUGUGCUAUCGGAAGAAUGAGACGAAAUAUUAUUGCUGCCCCGAGAAGUUCAUCCAUAAGCCGACUGAAAUGCAUAAUCCAACAAAUGAUAACAAUUUUUCGUUGGUUGAAAACGCUUUCACCACCUGCCGCGACCCCGAGGGAAAGUCCGGUCUGUGUCUUCCAGUUCGACACUGUGACCCAAUCUAUGAAUAUUUCCGCAACUCCCGAGUCUAUCAGGAACCAAAGCUGGCGCGGUUUGUUAAAAAUAAAAGAACCUGCCGGUCGCAUGCACCCAACGCGAUAUGCUGCGGUAAACCUCCGACCGAAUCCGGGAACGACUUCAUUCGGCACGAGAAAGCAGCCAUACUGGCUUUCUGUCGAUGUGGUGUGGGGCGGUUCGUCGAUAGGAUUCUUGGGGGUACCGAAGCGGGACUCGGACAGUAUCCAUGGAUGGCCAAUUUGUUGUACAAGCAGCGGAACGGGCAAACCAAGACAUUUUGCAGCGGUUCGUUGAUUCAUUCGCGGUAUGUGCUAACAGCAGCGCAUUGCACGAUUGGAAAAUUCAUUCCAUUCGCGGUUCGGUUUGGAGAGCACAGGCUGAAUCGAAAUCCGGACUGCGUUGGAAAAGUUUGUGCCGGUCCGGUUAGAGAGUACACUAUCAAAAAGCUCAUACAAAAUGAACACUUCAAUGGUCGCGAUCCCGAUAACGACAUCGCCUUGAUCCAACUGAAGAAGCAUGUGGUGUUUUUGGAAUCGCAGAUAUAUCCAAUAUGUCUUCCGAUAAGCCAAAAUCUGCUGAUGUUGUGGCCGAAGAAGUUAACCGUGAGCGGCUGGGGUAUGACGGAGAAGCUGAGAGUGUCAUCGGUGCUGUUGGAAGCGGAGCUUGAAAUCGUCAAAGGCGCUCAUCCGUGUGACGGAGAGUGGACUUUUUGUGCGCAGGGCAAAAAUGGGUCAGACCACUGUAACGGGGAUUCGGGUGGACCCUACCAGACGAUGGUUUCCACGCCGAAUGGUUACAGAUAUGUUCUGUUUGGGGUUGUGUCAGGUGGUCCCGAUAAGUGCAAUGUAGAAAAGCACCCAGGAGUGGGAGUGAUGGUGGGAUAUCAUAUCUAUUGGAUAUUAGAUAAUAUGGAAAUCGGUUCAGUGAACACAUGGACAUUGUUAAGUCUCAGAUACGUGCAGACGCCCGAAGAGUUUAGUCAAAAGGUUCAGCAGCAAAUCAGGAUGUUCGGUGUAUUCUUGUGUAUGGUGGCUGCAGCGUUGCUGCCGGGCGCGAAAGUCUGUGAAGGAUUCCUGCUGGUAGAGUACCUGGUUGGUGGCUGGAAAACCAACGUGGGGCAAUAUCCCCACAUGGCGGUGCUGGGACGGUUGACCGCAAACAACGAAUCGCUGGAAUGGUUCUGUGGAGGCACUCUAAUCUCGGAGUGUUUCGUCCUGACGGCAGCCCAUUGUGCCAACAGCCGGAUGUUGGAUCCCCCAACGGUUGUGCGGCUUGGCGAAUACGAUUUGAGCACCGAUGACGACAGCGAGCACCAGGAUAUGGAAAUUUCCCAAAUAGUGCAUCAUCCGGCGUACAAUGGGAUUCAAGCGUACAACGAUAUCGCAUUGAUCCGGCUGAAUCAGAGCGUUGCCUUUGGGCGAUUCAUUCAACCGGCUUGUUUGUGGCAGUUAGAAACGAUACCCUCCGAAAGGCUGAUAGCCAUCGGCUGGGGACAGCUGGGUCACUACGGUGAGCAACCCUCGGAGCUGCACCAGGUUGAACUGCCGCACAUUCCGACCAUGGUGUGCAACCGGAUGAUGUCCUUCAAAUGGUCGCGAAGACUCAAUAUGGGAGUGCUUCCGUCCCAGAUUUGUGCCGGUGAGAUCGAAGGCGGGAAGGAUACAUGCGAAGGCGAUUCAGGAGGACCGCUGCAGUUUCGCUCCCAAGAUCCCGCCUGCGGCUUCGAGAUCGUGGGGAUCACCUCGAUCGGAAGCGUCUGCGGAACGGCACAGAAACCGGGCGUUUACACCAGGGUUUCCUACUAUAUGGAUUGGAUCGAGCGAAUUGUGUGGAAAAGGCAAAAAUAAAGGUUUUUUUUCAUCAAAACAAAUGCCCACGUUUCGGGAGGGGGAUUGGGAACUGAAUUCAAACGCACUGCCUGUUUUAAUAGAAUUUACAUUACAUAUAUUUUUGUUUCAGCUUUUCUGCUUUUUAUACACAUAAUGAGUUAAAAUAUACAUCAUUUUCAUUAAUUUUUUUUCCUGCAUCCCAUUCUUGAUUUUUUUUUUCAUUUUGUUUUCUUAAAUCUGUUCUCACUCAAUCGCCAUCUGUACUCAUCAGACGUUUCACUUGCCGUACUUUCCUCCUUAUGAUAAACACUUUUCUCUAUCUACACAUCCAUUAUCGCUGCUUGCAAUUUUCUUCCAUCCAAUAGUAAUUUUUUUUUUUCUCAUACUCUGCAGUUUAAACUGUUUUGUUCAAAAUACCUGGCACUGGAAUAUUCUUCUUUUUUUCUCACGUAUUUCUAAUUUUUUUCAUUCACCGUAUUCGACAGCA